CCAAGAUCUUGUACGGAGUAUUACUGAAUAAAAUCAGUCCAACGCUCACUUCCCAAACCCUUUCCAACAGAAUCAGAAAUGACGACCGGUUUGAAGAAGAAUCGGAAGAAGCGCGGCCAUGUCAGCGCCGGUCACGGGCGGAUUGGUAAGCACCGCAAACAUCCCAGUGGUCGCGGUAACGCCGGCGGUAUGCAUCACCACCGGAUCCUCUUCGACAAGUAUCACCCUGGCUAUUUCGGGAAGGUCGGUAUGCGAUAUUUCCACAAGCUGAGGAACAAGUUCUUCUGCCCCACGGUGAACAUCGACAAGAUCUGGUCCCUUCUCCCGCCGGAAGCGAAGGAAAAGGCGGCCAAGAGCAAGGAUUCCGCUCCCCUUGUUGACGUCACCCAGUUCGGCUACUUUAAGGUGUUAGGUAAGGGUGUCUUGCCGCCAUCCCAGCCCUUUGUGGUGAAGGCGAAGCUCAUCUCUAAGACGGCUGAGAGGAAGAUUAAGGCGGCCGGUGGUGCCGUCCUCCUAACAGCAUAGGAAUAUCCAUACGAGCAGGCAAAAUCAUAUUGAAAUCCUGAUUUUCAUAGCUGAGGAUGCUAUCAGGGGAUCAUAGAAAAGCAGACUUUCGAGCUCACAAAUAAAAUCCCAAGCGCAGAGCAAGUCUUCCUUACUAUAGGGAUGAUGGAUUGGCUUAUUUGAAUUUAGGAUAUUGCCCUUGGAGUCGAUGAAAUCCAUGGGAUCAACCAAUUCCAAUAGCUUGCUAAUCUUACCUAGCUUUUUGUCAUCAUCAUCAUUAGGUUUUCUGCCAACAUACAUCAAUAACCCAUUCAUGGCUCCUUUUCCUAAACGUCUGAGCAUCCGGUUGUUGAUCACUCUUGUUCUUCUACGCUUCUAGCUAGAUGGUUUUGUAGAAGUUAUCGAGAUGAAGAUGAGUUACCUAUUGAGAUUCUAGGACAGAUUGUGAAGAACUCAAAUCAUUUGUUCAAACAUAUCUAUACAGGUGGAACUCAGAAGUGUGUAGGAAAUGUGAAAACAGUUUGGACGAACAGAUUAUGGCAUUAGCAAAAAUGAAAUUAUUAAAUUUAGGCGGCGUAAUUAUUUCUUAUUCCAUAUUUGCCAUGCUCUUUAUUGUUCCGAUGUAGAAAACUUUGUAACAAAUAUAUUUAAUACCCUGGACGUUUUAUCUUCUCAAGAAAUUAUGGCUGGA